AUGUCGUCAGACCCACCGUGUUACCUUCCAGAUGACUCGGACGAAUCGCCUGAGCAUAGUGACGAUAGCGGGGAUAGCUCUAGCGAGGAUACCGGUAAACGGAGAGAAGCCAAAGAGAGGUCAGAUAUAGUCUCGGCGAUUUUGCAGGCGGCAGCAGCGUCGGAUGCGGAGAGCCGUCCGAUUGGCGACGAUGAGGUGGACGCGGUGCUGCGAGAAUUAGGCGUUAACGUCAACAAUGACGUCAGCAACGACGUCAGCAGGGACUGUAACGCGGGAAACGGCAGCGAAGGGGAGUCGUCUCGGAGAGAGGAGGGAGACGAGGAGGGAGGAAUAGAGAGAGGGAAGGAGAGAGGAGGAAAGGAAGGAGAGGGGAGAGGAGAGGGGAGAGAGGAGGACAGAAGAGGAGGAAGCGAAGCAGACAAAGGGGGUGAAAGCGUGGGUGUGGGGGAUGGGAAGCCGGACGAGCAGGGUGGGAAUAUCGGGGGUGAAGAACGGUCGCUGUGGUCGCAUGGGUGGCUGCCGGGGAAGAGACACGCGGAUGAGGACGAGAACCAGCAGGAGUGGCGGCAGCACGGGCGGCAUUUCCUAGUCGUUACCAACGCGGGCAAACCAGUCUUUUCACGGUAUGGCGACGAGUACAAGCUAGCAGCGUUCGGAGGGGUGCUGCAGGCGCUGGUGGCAUAUGUGGAGUCGACGGGAGAUCACAUCAGGAGCAUCAGUGCUGGGCUGCAUCAGGUCCUCUUCCUCGUGCGAGGCUCCUUCUACCUCGUCGCCAUCACAGACGCAGGCGAGCCAGAGCCAAUCAUAGAGCGACAACUGGACCACCUGCACAAGAUGCUCCUCAUGCUGCUGACGUCAGCCAUCGAGAGGUCUUUUCUGCGCAACCCCAAGUUUGACAUCCGGCCACUGCUGGGCGGCACAGACCGUCUCUUCUCCGCUCUCAUCCACUCCUUCUCCUGGGACCCAGCCAGCUACCUCUCCUCCAUGCGCUGCCUGCGCAUACCAGCAUGGGUGCGCACAACAGUGAGCGGCGCAAUCAAGACCGCUGCUGCCGCCUCCCCUGCGCUCUUCGCGGUGGUCUUCUCAGGCUUUGAGGUGGUGACCGUGGCGCACAGAAAGAGAGAGCCCUUGCAUUCAGACGACAUCUUUCUGCUACUCAACUUCCUCAACGCUUCUGAUUCAUUCCGCACAUCGCCUGAGUCCUUCACGCCUGUAUGCCUCCCUCACUACAACCCCGCCGCUUUCCUCUAUGCCUAUGUGCACUACUGGGCCGCAGAGCAACCGCUGCCGCCCACCCCUCGCACCAUCCACUCCCACUCCUCCCUCCGCUCCAACCUCCCCCAGUCAAACGCCUCCCGCUCCUCCUCCCGGUCGCAAGCAAGUGCUGGUGCUGACGCCGCUACUGGAAACGACAACAGCAAUGGCAGCACCAGCAGCGGGAACAACACCAGCAAUAUGAGCAGUGAUGGCUGUGGCAGUGCUGGUGGUGCAGGAGAGGGGGGCAAGCAGGGAGGAUCCGGGGAACAGCCUGAUCAGAGCAGCAGAAUUGGUGGUGAGGGGGACACAGGCUAUGAUUAUCACCAAUCGCGGGGAGGCACGGGGCUGCUGCUGCUAUCUGCUGAUCCCAACAACUUCCAAUCAAUCAGCGACCCCUCCUCCUCCUUUCCCCAACGCCCCUCUUCCCCUGCUUCUCGCUCCUCCUCCCGCCCUCUCCGUUCCUCCUCCCCUGCCCGCCGCUCCCCCUCCCCCUCUUCCCGCCGCUCUUCCUCCCCCUUCCGCUCUCCCGCCCUCCUCCCCUCCCCCCAACCCCCUGGGUUGCCCUUUCCUGAUCCAUACGGUCUAGGCCCGGGCAUGGGGUGUGAUAUUAUCCCCAUGGGCCAAUCAGAGGACGGUGCUGACGAGGAUGAUUACUCCGGGGCGUUCGACCAAUCAGAAGGCCGCGGGGUGUUCGGUGGUGGGGGAGAGAGGGAAGGGGAGGGUGGCGGGGAAGGGGCGGAGGAAGGAGAGGAGGGAGAAGAGGAGGAGGAGGAGGAGGAGGAUGAAGAGGAGGAGGAUGGAGCAAUAUUGGCACUGGAAAAGCUGAGAAGUGUAUUGGGAGGGGGCAUGGCUGUGGGCUUGGGUAUGGGUUUGGGUAUGGGAGCGGGCCAACACGAAACUGAUUCAGCAGCGACAGACGUCCCAGUGUCUGUUCCUCUCGAGCCCCCAUCUGCUCCUUCCAACCGCUCCCUCCCUCCUCCUCUCGCCAUUCCCACUCAGAUAUCCCCUCAGGUGCCGGCACAGCCACGCACACAGACACCCACACGGGUGGCAGCACAGACAGCAGCGCAGGUGGCAGCACAAGAAGCGCCCAUGUGGGGCCCGCAGGGUCUGCUGCACUUUGUGUUCCGCAGCGUGCCUCUGCGCCAGUUCGUCUUGGCGGAAUUCCCCCCAGCACUGAGCGACCAACGGCAGCAGAAGACUUCCCCCCGGCGCUCAUCAACAGGCGGCAGCAGAAGACGUGAGUGCGUGGGGGGCGAGGGGGUGUUGAGAGGAAGGGGAAGGUUGCGGGGGAGGGGAGUUGUGCUGCCUCUGCGGCAGUUUGUCAUGGCCAAGUUCCCCCCGGCGCUCAUCAACAGGCGGCAGCAGAAGACCUACAAACCCUUUCCUACGCCGCAACGCCGCUGUCCCCUCCUCCCCCCCGCCGCGACCCCCGGUCGCCGCCUCCCCUUCUCGCCGCCGCGCCUGAUUCGGCGCCGCCUGCGCAUCCUGCCGCCGCGACGCCUCGUCGCCGCCUGCCCGCUGCCCGUCCCUCCGCCGCGACGUCACGUCGCCGCGUUCCCGCCGCCGCGCCUGCUACGGCGCCGCCUGCGCAUCCUGCCGCCGCGACGCCUCGUCGCCGCCUGCCCGUCCCUCCGCCGCCUGCCCGUCCCUCCGCCGCGACGUCUCGUCGCCGCGUUCCCGCCGCCGCGCCUGCUUCGGCGCCGCCUGCGCAUCCUGCCGCCGCGACGCCUCGUCGCCGCCUGCCCGUCCCUCCGCCGCGACGUCUCGUCGCCGCGUUCCCGCCGCCGCGCCUGCUACGGCGCCGCCUGCGCAUCCUGCCGCCGCGACACCUCGUCGCCGCCUGCUCGUCCCUCCGCCGCGACGUCUCGUCGCCGCGUUCCCGCCGCCGCGCCUGCUUCGGCGCCGCCUGCGCAUCCCGCCGCCGCGACGCCUCGUCGCCGCCUGCCCGUCCCUCCGCCGCGACGUCACGUCGCCGCCUCCCCUUCCUGCCGCCGCGCCUGCUUCGGCGCCGUCUGCCCGUCCCGCCGCCGCGACAGCUCGUCGCCCCCUGCCCGUCCCGCCGCCGCGACCUAA